ACAUCGUGGACAUCAAGCCAGCCAACAUGGAGGAGCUGACGGAGGUGAUCACGGCCGCCGAGUUCCACCCGCACCACUGCAACACCUUUGUCUACAGCAGCAGCAAAGGCACCAUCCGGCUGUGCGACAUGCGCACCUCCGCCCUCUGCGACCGCCACGCCAAGUUUUUUGAAGAGCCCGAAGACCCAAGUAACCGGUCGUUUUUUUCCGAGAUCAUCUCCUCAAUCUCUGAUGUCAAAUUCAGCCACAGUGGGAGGUACAUCAUGACUCGGGACUAUCUCACCGUCAAGGUGUGGGACCUGAACAUGGAGAACCGGCCCAUCGAGACCUACCAG